AUGUGGACGGACAUACAUACCCUUCCUGAAACAAACCCACUCCAUAGAGGUACAGACCAGAUCAGAAAGUUCAGACGAUAUCAUCGCUCGCCGCUAUACCAAGUGGCAGAUGCGCUUAGGCACAUCGAUAUGGAGACACUAGAAAUAAUUGACCCGUUCACGUUAGCCCCAUGGGACGAACGCGUACAGGCUAACAUUAAUGGACAAUAUGAACCUCAGACUAAAGCGGGCGGGUUGAUGCAGAUCGCGAUCAGCAGCUCGGCACAGAACGAGCUGGUGGGAUUUAGAGUCACAAUCGAGAAAUGGCCACCUCGAAAUCGAAAAUUGAAGCUUAAAACGCGCGAGGGCAGAGUAGAACCCGUUCUCUGCGGAGCUGGCAGCCAUGGCACAUAUAUUGAAAAUGAUAGUAGGAAUCAAGGACUACAGGACUAUGUUGCUCACAAGUAA